AUGAACACCUCGACAUCUUUCGAAGAGCUUUUGGCUCUGCAAACACAGAAGAUGAGUUUCGUAUCACGGGCGCUCAUCAAUUACAAGAAGCUGGGGCAAGCCAAAAUGACACCUGCGGUGACACGUCAACGUCUCGUCACCUUGAAGGAAGCCUUUGCCACUUGCCAGGAGCUCGACAGUCGAAUCGGGCUUCAUGCGGACGAUGACGACAAAGCAUCGCAUACCUACUUCACAAAGAAUUCGUUUCUGGAAUGUGAGGACUGCUACAACGAGGCUGCCGACUACAUGGCUGAGGUAUUAGAGAGCUACGAAUCCCGCAUCCCUCCCGCUACAUCAUCACAAAACGUAAGUGGCUUGCAUGAUGUUUUCCGACCCGCGUCGCAUCUUCCGAGGAUCAACCUACCGACCUUCGACGGGAGCAUCGACAAGUGGGAAAGCUUUCGCGAUAAAUUCCAGUCGAUGAUUCAUAAUGAUCAUAGUUUAUCAAAUGUCGAUCGCUUACAUUAUUUGUGCUCAUGUGUAAAAGGGGAUGCAAGUAACGCGCUUGACCACCUCGCGGUAACCAAUAAUAAUUUCGACGUCGCGUGGAGAAUUCUAGUCUCUCGGUACGACAACAAACGUCGUCUUGUUACAACGCAUUUACAAUCGCUGUUAAAUUUGCCGUUACUGACCACAGAAACCGCUCAUGACCUUCGUCAGCUUCGCGACCAAACAAACAAAGCAAUCCAAGCGCUUAGAAAUCUCAACCGUCCUGUCGAACAUUGGGAUGAUUUGCUUGUUUUGCUCGUCGCACAAAAACUCGAUAAAUACUCGCGUAAAGCUUGGGAACUCAAGCUCGGCGAUACGGUGGAAUAUCCGCGUUAUAAUGAGCUCGAUCAAUUUCUUGAGUCUCGAAUUCGCGCUCUCGAGGCGAUCGUACCACUUUCUAAAGAAAAACCAUCCUCUACCUCUAAAGGAAAAAUUCUUGUGUCGCAUACCGCGUCCACCGUUUCGUUCGCAUGUCCGUUGUGCAAGGCCAAUCACUUAUUAUACCAAUGUUCGACAUUUUUAAAGCAAACACCCUCUCAACGUUUCGAUUUUAUUAAGCAGCGAAAACGAUGUUUAAACUGUUUUAGUAGUAAGCAUUCCGUCAAAGAUUGUUCGAAUUCGCGCGUAUGCCGCCAGUGUAAUAAACGUCAUCACACGUUAUUACAUUUCGAUAAUUCGACUCCGCCGGUGCAAACGGAGUCACCGCCAGCAACAAGCGCAAAUGUAAACGAAGUCGUGUCGCAUUUACUAUCGAAAACCGUCGCGCCUAAUUCUAAUAUUUUGCUUGCGACUGCCCGGGUGAGAGUCUAUUCGCCUGUUGGACGUUUUAUAACUGCACGCGCACUUCUGGAUCAAGGUUCCGUUUCUACGUUUAUUACCGAAUCGCUCGCGCAACGUUUACGACUCUCUAAAAUAAAUCGUUCAAUGUUCGUCACCGGCAUCAGCGAGAUGCAAUCCGUUGUCCGUCACGCCGCUCAUCUUACAAUUACGCCGGCGAAUCGCGACGAACCCGCUUAUUCAACGACCGCACUCAUUCUUCGAUCGUUGACAAAAUAUGUACCGAAUCGAAUAAGCACGACGGGUACGUGGAACCAUGUCGACGGACUCCAAUUAGCGGAUAGUGACCCCAUGAGUACCGACCCGAUUGAUAUGAUAAUCGGAGCGGAUUUAUACGGCAUGCUCGUACUCGAUGGUGUUCGACAAGGUUCCGAAACGGAGCCCACCGCGCAAAAUACUACUCUCGGUUGGAUUUUGUCCGGGCCAAUCGCUUCGUCCCCGACCAAUCUUUCGAUUUUGAGACCGCGCAUCACGGAGUCGUCCUUGAAGCGUUAG